UCAAUUUAUUAACUAUAAAUAUUUGUAAAUUUCUGUGCAGCUUUUAUGUCAUCUGAGCCUUAAAUACUCUGAACGAGCCCUUUGCUUUUGUCUGUAAGAGGCAGCAUUAUUCCAUAUUGCUAAUUUACUAUAUAUGAGAUGCUUACAAAAUCAUAAUAUUUGUUCUUCUGUUGAAUAAAGAAGGCCAAAAACAACGUUACAGAUCUUAAUAGUAUGUGCAACCUAUGUGAAUACAAGAGCGAUCAGGGAUCACGUGUCGCCUCAUGAUGGCCAUUUUCAUGUUGGGACAUGUUUUGUGACAGACUGACAGACGGACAGUGCACAACUGGACUUGGUACUGAUCAUUCCUGUAAAGUUUGGAUAAAAUUGCACCAGUAGUUUAUGAGUAGUAGUCCGGACAAGCUUUUGUGUAUCUGGCAAUACACAGGAAAAAAACACCUUUUUAUCAAAGGGCCAUAACUCGGCCAAAAAUCAUUCAACUGGAAAACACGUGCAAUAUGCGCAAGGACUUGAGCUACAGAUCAAUUCUGUAGUUUCAUUGAAAUUGCAUUAGUGGUAUAAGAGUAGUCCGGACAAACUAAAAAUUAUUAAAGGGCCAAAACUCUGACAAAAAUCAUUGAACCGAAAAAUGCUGACAAUAUGCACAACUAGACUUGGUACUAAUCAUUCCUGUAAAGUUUGGAUGAAAUUGCACCAGUUGUUUAUGAGGAGUAGUCCGGACAAGCUUUUGUGUAUCUGCCAACACAGAAAAAAACACCUUUUUAUCAAAGGGCUAUAACUCGGCCAAAAAUCAUUCAACCGGAAAACCCAUGCAAUAUGCGCAAGGACUUGAGCUACAGCUCAAUCCUGUAAAAUUUCAUUGAAAUUGACUAAGUAAUAUAAGAGAAGUAGUCCGGACAAACUUUAAAAAUAAAAAUUAUUAAAGGGCCAUAACUCUGACAAAAAUCAUUGAACCGGAAAAUGCUGACAAUAUACACAACUAGACUUGGUACUGAUCAUUCCUGUAAAGUUUGAAUGAAAUUGCACCAGUAGUUUAUGAGGAGUAGUCCGGACAAGUUUUGUGACGGACGGACAGACAGACAACGGAGAAGUGAUCCCUGUAUGUCGCCACUACUCCAUAGAGGCGACACAAAAAUGAACAGAAACUGCAUAUAAUUGGAACUUUUCAAAGUCCAAGGGGCAAAACCAGGUCAAUAUUUGCUCGAUUGUACCCAAAACAGAACUUGACCUCGAUAUUCCUAUGGUAAAUCUAUGAACCAUAAUUUCGUUCCAGUAUGUGUAAAAUAGACGGAAACUGUUUGUGCACAUAUAGACAGCAGCAAAGUUAUAUGUUAUAAUAUAUAAAUGUUAUACUUAGUGAAUGUAUAUGCAUUUUGAUAUUUUUUAUUCAUACAUAAAACAUCAUUAUUUAACAUAAAAUACUUUUUUUUGUAUAUUUUAGCAACCAUUGGGUAUACUUGGGCAAUAUUUGGGUAUUUAGUGCUGCUCCGUACAGUCCUGUUAUGCUAACUUAACCCAUUUGCGCCUGUUGUCUACUUUUGUAGACACUAGCAGUUAUCAGUACACUAGGACCUAAUUAUGAGCGCACAUUUGUUUAUCAUUGUUAUUCUAUACUUGUUGUCAUGAUAAGCGUUAAUUGGACUAUUUUGCUAGACAAAAUGCAGACCACUACGUUAUUUGCAGUGUGUUUUCAACAAGAAUGUGAUAAAAAUUGCCUUGAAAAUAUUAUUGAAAAUGGCUAGCAGAAACAGGUAUGUAAAACUUUAUAUUGUUUUUAUUUUAUAUCAUAAAGUAUGAUUGUUUUAUAUUGUAUAAUUAUAUUUCUGCUCAAUUCCUGUUUUAUAAUUCAGAAAUAUGUAUAAAAUGUGUUAUGACAGUCAAUUUAGAUUUUGUCUACAAAAGUAGACAAUAGGAUCAAAUGGGUACGUUUUAUCAUUAUGAAAAUAUUUUGUUGUUUACAGAAGAUACACAGUAAAUGAAAUUAUAUCAAUGCUUGAGGAUGAAGGUAACUUUGAAAGGGCAGAUAUACAUGUUCAACCACCUCCUGUAGAUGAACUGACAGAUGAAGAUAGUGCAAGUGAAGAUGAAGAAGUAGGUUACAACAACCUCAGUGGAAGUCAGUUAGACAAACAAGCAACAGCGACAGUUAUUCGCCUAGAUGGACGUCAUGUUGUUGAUUCAGCAUCAGACUCCGAUCUAGAAACUGACCAUUCUUCAGAUUCUUCUGAUACAGAUGAAUACGAAGUGCCUGCAAAUAUUGCAAAAAGACCUCAAGUAAGAAUUACACUACGGGAUCCAGCUCCGCGUCCCAAACGACAUGCACCAGUAAAGAGGAAGUGGGAAAAUAAAGAUCUACCUGAGCAAGAUAAAGACAGAUUCACUUGGCAUGGCUCAAAUAUAGACAAAAGUCGAUGGCCGCAAACACCAGAUGGCAUCUUCAACUUAUUUUUUGAUGAUGACGUGAUCAACAUGAUUGUUGAACAGAGUAUAAGAUAUGCUGGUUCAAAAGGCAACCAUUCGUUUUCAACUUCACCCCAAGAAAUUAGGAUCUUCCUAGCAAUUCUGCUUAUAUCAGGCUAUAACACUGUGCCAAGACGGAGACAGUUCUGGAGCCGGGAUGAUGUCGUAAGGAAUGAGGCAAUAGCUCGUACAAUGCCGCGAGACAGAUUCGACAUAUUGGUGCGAUAUGUACAUCUUUGCGAUAACAACAAUCUUGACAGAGAGGACAAGUUUAGCAAAGUAAGACCACUGCUAUGUCUGCUGAAUGAGCGCUUCUUGUUAUACUUCUUGAAAGAGAAAAACCUUUCAAUCGACGAAAGCAUGAUCCCGUACUAUGGGCGACACGGAGCGAAACAGUUUAUUCGUGGGAAACCAAUUAGGUUCGGUUAUAAGAUGUGGGCGUUAACGACAGCACUUGGAUAUGUUUUACAAUUUGAGCCCUAUCAAGGGGCAAAAGGCCAUCAAACCCAUGAUCCUGGCUUCCUUGAAAAGGGCGGAGCAGUAGUUAUGGACCUGCUUUCAGAGCUGCAUAAAGAUGAUGCAUACCAUCUGACUUUUGAUAAUCUAUUUACUUCCCUGAAGCUCGUGGACCGGCUUACAGAUAUGGGAAUAUCUUGCACAGGAACCAUCCGUGCCAACCGAAUAGAAGAUUGUCCUGUCAAAAAUGUAAAAGACAAGGGAAAAACACAACGAGGAAACUAUGAUAAAAGGUAUGACGCACACAAAUGUCUGAUAGUGGUGAGGUGGAAUGACAACAAUAUAGUGAAUGUGGUGUCAAAUUGCCAUGGAGUUGAACCAUUGCAACAAGCAACACGGUGGUCAAAGCAGGCAAAAGCUAGGGUGCCCCUUCCGCAGCCAUACCUUAUAAAGCAUUACAACCAGACAAUGGGAGGUGUGGACAGGAUGGAUCAAAAUGUUGAGAAGUAUCGUAUCUCUAUCAGAUCCAAGAAGUGGUGGUGGCCAGUGUUUAUGUAUUGCAUUGACCUUGCGGUGCAGCAAACCUGGCACAUUUACCGUGCUACUGAUUCAGGAUUGAGGCAACCAUUAGAUCUGUUAGGUGUCAGACGAGCUCUGGUUACUGUGCUGCUUGCUCAGGGGUGUACACCUGCUGUCAGCCCUGGCAGACCAAGAGGUAGGAUGAGGCCAUUGUCAAGAAGAAUUCCAGACAAUAUCCGACUUGAUGGUAAAAAUCAUUACACAGAGCCAGCAAAAGAAGUGCGCUGUUCAUUGUGUGGAAAAAAAUGCAGGACACAAUGUUCCAAAUGUAAUGUUGGAGUGCACAGGAAAUGCUUUGAAAUGUUUCACAGUGUUUAG